CAACAAAGUAGCUCCUGCCUGAGCUGCUAGUCCCUUCCGGGUCCUUCUGCUUCCGUGUGGGCCAGCUGGAGCCCACAGGUGCGCUGGAAGAUGGGCCGUCCCCCAGUGGCGUGCCUCGAGCCACCGUCACCAGUGGGAUCUCCAACCUGGAGAAGAAGAUGAACUGCGGCAUCCAGAGCCUCAGCUCGGGGCCUCUGGCCCAGAAGCAGAAUGGCCUUUGGGGCACACAGACAGGGAGAGGUGGCGUCCGGCUGUCUUUGAAGGCCCCUCAUGACCCCAGCACCGUGAAGCUUCGCCUCAGGCAAAAAGAGACGCAAAGUGGAUGUCUGCAAAAGAAGUCACCAUUAGCGUGCCAGACAGCCUUCGAAAGGUGGACAGAAGCAACAGAGUCACAAAGAACUGCACCAACUAGCGGUGGCCUGUGAAGGAGCAGGGACCCUGGGUCUCUUUCGGUCCUGGUCACCACUGAGGGACCCGGAAGUGGCUGCCGCCUGCACCUGCCUGGCAUGGACACUGCUGGGUUCCUGGAGCUGCCCUGGUCUGCUCAGCCCUCGCCGCUCUGGGACAGCAGAUGGGCUGGGCGGCCCCAUUGUGCCCUUGGUGGCCAGGGCGCAGCUGGGUUUGCCCCUGUCACAGGUCGGGGGUGGACGGGGUGAGCCACAGGCCAGGUCAGUUUAUGAGACAGGAGGGGUGGGUGUGUUUCCCUGCCGGGUGACCGGAACAGGCCAGCGCGGGGCGUUCUGGGCAGGCUCAUCCUUCGUUCCUUCCUUGUCAGUCCUGCCAUCGCCGACCUUGAGGUCACACUGAGAAGCCUGCUCACCCAACUGUAACCCAGCUGUUCAUGCACUCGAGGCCCAGGGCGAGUCCUGCAGUCUCCUCUCCUUAGCUCAGUGCCAGGCAGGUGAGAGCCCGCACCCCGGGCACCAGCUGCACCAGCACCAUCUGGAGACGGCGUCUCGGGGGCAUCUCUGUGACGCGUCGCCUCAGCAUCUCCCGCUGGUCACCGUCCUUGGGGCCAAGGCGUCCCAGCUGGCACCCAGGGCUCAGCCGCAGCUAGCUCUCUGCUCCCCUCUGCUCCUGCCAGGGUUUUGUCCUUAGGGGUCCUUUGCAGUUGCGAUCAAAGACAGCUAGGAGGAGCUCUUGGGAGGAAGGUCAUGGGAACAGGGGCUCCACGGGCUUCCCUGGCCCCUGCCCACUGCCCUGGCAGGGAGCUGUCUUGCUGUCUGCAGAGGAACUGCUCGGGAGAGCCAGUGCCUGGCUGGUGGGAUUCAGAUGCAGACACAUCGAGCUGUCGCCCACCAGGUGCUGACGUGGGUAGAUGACAUUGUGAUAGGAAUCAUUUUCUAGCAUUUUAAAAAUCAUGUUCCGCUGGAUGUAUUUUCCUCCACAUAAUGUAGCUGAUUCAAAAGGACUGUUAACGCCUGAGAUCGAGACAGGCAGGGCUAACUCUGCAUGUAGCAGACACAGGCAGGAGCCGCUGUGUCCUGUAAUGUGGGCCAGACCUCUUCUCUGCGGUUUCUCCUCACUCACAACUAAGUAGUGUCCAUUCUUCCUUUCUUUUGCUGGCAGGUUGUAUAACGGUAAAAGCAUCGCCCACCUGUGACAGCCGCUGUGCGGAUUCGGAGGGGCUGAGUGUGGCGGUCGCCUCCGUGUCCCCGAUAGGCAGAGAGCACAGGACAGGCAGUGUGUUGGGCUGCUCCGCGCAGCUGUCUCCCCUCACCCCCGACGGGUGCGAGUCAUGCCACAGGCCAGGGCGUCCUGAUGGCUGGACGAGCCCACAGUGCACACAACUGGUUCCCUAACUUCUCCAUCCCGAUUCCUUGUGAAAGGGCUUACAGGAACUUCCUGUUCUCAACAUUUUUAAAUAAAAGCCUGUGACUCCUGGGUGCCCCAUGGAGUUACUAGGUGGGAGCCCCACCUGCAGGACGCCAUGCUCCUGAGGGCUUGAGGGCUGGUCCUCCUGGCAGCCAGGGCGGUGAGUGCAAGUCUCUGCACCCUCAGCCUUGGCCACGCCGGCUCCUCCUGACAGCCGAGCUCCGCUCCUGGGCAGGAGGGUGUGGAUGGCAGGACAACAGCUCCUCCCUGAGAAGAUGGGCAGAAGCCACUGUCUCUGAACACUCUCUGGGUUUUUUCCAUGUGUAUUUACGACAGGAAGUGAUUCUUCCUAUCCUUUUAAUACAGCGCUUUCUAUCGCAGAGUCCAUGCCACUAAAGGGAUUCAUUUCAAAUAGAUACAGUAUCUUCUGGAACUUUUAAAUUUUUCUUUAUUUGAGUCAGUGUCUCGAUACGCAGUUUAGGCUGAACUUGAAAUUACUGAGUGCCCUCGGCUGGCCUUGAGCUCACAGCUAUCCUCCUGCCUCAGCCUCCUGAGUGAUGGGAUUACAGGCAUGAGCCACGCUUGGUGUGGGAAGAUUUUAUUUGUAUGUAGAGCAGUUUAGACUUUCUUCAAAGGCUCUUUCCAUUAGUGACCCCUGCGAAUCCAGCAGAAAGUCUAGGGAAGGCGCAAGGAGAGGUCCUCAGCCCCAUGCACACUACUGGAAGCGUCUCCACUCCACGCAUCCCGGAAGCAGGCGCCUGGGUGCAGGAGGUGCGCUCGGCCUGCAGACCCCAGCUCUCCCCACCUGCCCGGUGCCAGCCGCAGCUGGGGUCUCACAGGGUAGGGCAGGGCUGCCCGUUCAGAGGGACGUCACCCAGACUUGCAGUGUCCCCAAAACGGGAAACCAGAGAAGCCAGCACCAGAAAGAACCCACCCUUCAUUCUCCGGCACACAGAGCUGUUCGGGCCUGCCCUGAUCAGGCAGUGGAUCGCCAGCUUCCCCCUCAAAGCCUCUGCAUUUGUUGCAUUGCAGGUUUGGGCGCCUUGGCAGCUGUUCUCCAGGAAGCCUGCUCAAGGACAAGGUGCACGAGAUCGUCCCUCCCAUCCAUGCCCUUCUGUGACACCUCCGUGUCCUGGAGACAGCCGGACCCUGUUCCCUUUUCCAUUUCAUUUCCUUGCCCAGAGGCUGUCUCCUGCAUCAGAUCAGCCAGGCCCGAGAGGAGACGGAUUCCAGCCCAGCCUCCCAGCUGUGUCCCGGGUGCCUGUGCUGGGCAGCCCCUCAGAGCUCCUCCGCUCCCCUGGGAGGGACACCCUUCUGGGUGCACCUGGAGGAUUAGGAGAGAUGACAGGUGUAGAUAACAGCAUCUGCCCUGAUAAUCAUCGCAUUGUAGCACGAGGAGUGGCAACGGCCCCAGCGAUCCCGAUCCCGCAGCCCCCGCACACCGGGAGCAAACCAGCGGUCGGGGUUGUGGGGCCAGACCUGUGGCCGAGUCUGACCCGAGUCUUCAACCUGUGGUGGGCCGAGCUCCAUGUGCCGCCCACACCCGAGGCUCCGCUCCUCAGCACUUCCGGGCUGGCAGAUGCGACUGUACAGAGUUUUCACCUUUGUUUCACUUUGCUUCUUGACAGCAGGGCUGGGGAUGUAGCCCAGGGUGAAGACCCUGAGUAAGGGGACCCCUGCAGUCAGGUUCCAGUCCCCUGCCCAGUAUGCCACGCAGGGGCCGGGGAUUUAGCUCAGUGGUUUCACCGCCUGCCUCGAAAGCACAAGGACCAGAGUUCGAUCCCCAGUGCCAAAAAAAGAGAAAAAUUUGUAAACCAGUAUGCCACGCAGGCCCGAGAAAUAAAUACCCUAAGAGGCAGAACCAGCAGAGAGGGCGGGGGCCAGGACGACCAACGCUGAGGCAACCGACAAAGGCCCUGGCCAGUCUCAGGCUCUGACUUUUAUCGGCAAUCAGUUGGGGUAAAGCCGAGCUACGUGCAGUUUCUAUGGAAAUUAAUGUACACACAGCUCGUAAAGGACAAGACAAAGCAUCCUCAAAUCAGGAACAAAAUAGAAUACAUGGUUGUAAUUAUCACACUGUCCUAAUCAGAAGGUUUUAGUUGUGGGAACAGAAUCUGGGUGCGAGUUACUCUGACCUCUGCACGUGGGCUGCGGCCAGACUCGCUUCUGUAAACCAGCCAACUGCGGGGUUGACUCUUCACAGCCUGCCUUGGGCAUAAUCAAUAUUAUGGUCCCCUGCAUCUGGGUUCAAUCCCCAGUACUACUUUUUUUUUAAAGGAAAGAAGAAUUCACCAUGUAAGACAGAGAGGAAAACGAUGACUGACACACUUAUCCUCAAGGUCAUAGAUUGAAAGUUCAAGGCCACCGAGUGGGACCCUGUCUCAACAAAUUAAAAACAUUUAGAAAGGGGGCUGAGGGUGUAGCUCAGUGGCGGAACAAAUGCCUACUUUGGGGGAAGCCCUGGGUUAAAUCCUUAGCACAGCCAAGAAAAAAAAAAGUCACUAAAGUGCUAAAUCAGGCAUGGAGGGCAGAGAGGAAACCUCAGAGUCAGUGUGGUCAGUGCUUGGUGUCUAGCCCCAGCACGCCAGCUAAUUCUCCCAGCUGGGUAUGUGUGUGAGGAGCCAGGGUGAGACACAGCUAAGCCCGGCCCGAGGGAGCUGGCGUCUGUGAGGAUGGCUGAUCGCCAGGCCCCCAGUGGGCCCAGUGCCACAGCUCUCAGGAAGCCACCUCACCCCAGCCCCAUCCUGGACUCAGGCCGUGGUAGCCACUAACACUAACUGGCUGGCCUCUAAAAUCCAUAAGUACGGACAGCUAUUUGUCCAUUAAAAAUAAAAUCAAGGCAGGCGCGGUGGCACAUGCUUGUUAUCCCGGAACUCUGGGAGGCUGAAGCAGGAAGACGGUAAGUUUGAGUCCAGCCUGGGCAACUUAGUGACUUGGGGAGACCUAAUUUUUAAAGAAGGGCCGGGACUGUA